UGUUAAUCACUUUCGGAUCCGCCCCCAUCAUCACCUGCUUCAGAGAGACUCCUCUUUUUUGCAAAUUCAUCGGUUUCAUCCAUCCCUCCGCCCGCCCUUCAUCGCUUCUUUUCCCUCCUUUCUCCAAUCGCUUCUCACCGGAUCAUAUAAAUUUCCCACUCCAGAUCACCAUCUUCACUUCCAAACUUAUAUUUCCCCCUCUUUAAUUCUCUCUAAUACAAUGGUUGCACCGUCGAUUUCUUCAGCGGCGGCCUUUCAAACCGUCCCCUCUCAUCGCCCCUGACCAAAUUCACGUUUCCUAUAUCGUCGCUGAAGCUUCAGUUCUUUCAUGGGCGAUCUUCGGUCUUGGUCGCUUGAACAAAACGGCGCCGUAGCAGAAGACAAGCCGUCCUCCUCCUCCUUUUCAUCCUUUUCAUCGUUGUUACCCUCAAAUCCCACGCCCAUAGGUGUCGAUUACUGGCGGCGAGCCGAGGAAGCCACGCAGGCUAUAAUCUCCCAGGUUCAACCUACUGUCGUUUCGGAAAGGAGAAGGAAAGCGGUUAUAGAUUACGUGCAAAGACUUAUUAGAGGCCGUCUUCGAUGCGAGGUUUUUCCAUUUGGAUCAGUGCCAUUAAAGACCUAUUUGCCUGAUGGAGAUAUUGAUUUAACUGCCCUCGGUGGUUCAAAUGUUGAGGAAGCUUUGGCCAGUGAUGUAUGCUCAGUCCUCAAUAGUGAAGAUCAGAAUGGGGCAGCCGAGUUUGUUGUAAAGGAUGUGCAAUUAAUUCGAGCCGAGGUUAAGCUUGUAAAAUGCCUUGUACAGAAUAUAGUUGUUGAUAUUUCCUUCAAUCAGUUGGGAGGGCUCUGCACAUUGUGCUUCCUUGAGAAGAUUGAUCGUCGCAUUGGGAAAGAUCAUCUAUUUAAGCGCAGCAUUAUACUUAUUAAAGCUUGGUGCUAUUAUGAGAGUCGCAUUCUUGGGGCUCAUCAUGGUUUGAUAUCAACAUACGCUUUGGAGACUUUAGUUCUAUAUAUUUUUCAUCUCUUCCACUCUGCCCUAAAUGGUCCUUUACAGGUGCUGUAUAAAUUUCUGGACUAUUUUAGCAAAUUUGAUUGGGAUAAUUAUUGCAUAAGCUUGAAUGGUCCAGUUCGGAUAUCCUCACUGCCGGAGCUUGUUGCUGAGACGCCUGACAAUGGUGGGGGUGAUUUGUUGCUCAGUACGGAUUUUCUUCAGAGCUGUUUAGAAACCUUCUCAGUGCCUGCAAGGGGGUACGAGGCCAACUCAAGGGCAUUUCCCAUAAAGCAUCUCAACAUCGUUGAUCCACUGAAAGAGAAUAACAACCUUGGUCGCAGUGUAAGCAAAGGAAACUUUUAUAGGAUAAGAAGUGCUUUCAGUUAUGGUGCUCGGAAACUAGGUUUCAUCCUUUCCCAUCCUGAAGAUAAUGUAGUGGAUGAAGUUCGUAAGUUCUUUUCUAAUACAUUGGAUAGGCACGGAGGUGGGCAGCGGCCUGAUGUUCAAGAUCCUGCUCCGGUAUCUGGUGGCUAUGAAUCUUGUGCAGCUUUACUAGUAUCUGGUACUGAGACACAAGAAGAAACAAAUAAUCGUGAUUCAGGUUCUGUAUGUGCUAGUGACACUAUUGGAGAUUGUAGCUGGAGUCAGGAGGUAUCAAUUCAUGGGGGAAAUGCCAAUGAUAAGGAAUUUGGUGAAUACGACCAUGUUGGUGGAAUUAUGAAUGAAUCAUCUCAAGGAAGACCACUAUCAGUUCCUUCUGGUGUUGAUGGUCUUGCAAAUGCCAUUGGUAUUUCAGAUUAUCGUCUCUCUGGUGAUGCAAAUGAUCUUGCUAGUCUGAGAAUUGAAGGUCUUUCUAUUUCACACGAUGCACAUAAGUCUUCCCCUUCAAGUUUUGAGGAGGGCAUAUCACCAUUGGGCCAUGAAUCACUUCGUCCUCAUCAUUAUUUUUCCAGACCAAUCACAGAAAACGGGGAACUAAUAGAUGAAAACACAAAUAAAUGCACUCCUGAGAACUCUUACCAGCAUUUGCAAUCACCUACUAAAGCAACAGGGUCGUCUGCAAAAGGUAAGCAAGAUGAGAACCACGUGAAUAAUGAUGAUGAAGUGGCAAACCAAUCUGAAACAAAACAAUCUUCUCCACCUUUACAUUCAGUUUCUUUGUCAUCUGAAGACUUCUAUCCUAGUUCUCGUGGUUAUCGGUUUCUGACUAGUAAUGUUGGACCUCCAGAAGCUUUCAAUGCUUUGUCAGAUCUUAAUGGUGACUAUGAAAGUCAUUGCAACAGUUUGCAAAUUGGCCGGUGGUACUAUGAAUAUGCCUUGAGUGCAGCAGCCCUUUCGCCUAUUCCUCCACCAUUGCCUUCACAAUAUCCAAACAAGAAUCCAUGGGAUAUAAUACGACGCUCAGUGCAGGUCAAACAGAAUGCAUUUGCCCAAAUAAACAGUAAUGGACUUCUUGCAAGACCAGCAUUCUAUCCCAUGCCAUCACCAAUAUUACCAGGGGGUGCAACAUUGGCCAUGGAAGAGAUGCCAAAACCACGAGGAACGGGGACAUACUUUCCCAACAUGAAUCAUUAUAGGGACAGACCAGCAUCGGCAAGGGGAAGGAACCAAGUGUCGGUGAGGUCGCCACGAAACAAUGGCCGAUCGCUGACCCCUUUGGAGACAACCGUGGCUGAGAAAAGUGGUCAAGACUUGUAUCAAGUACCAACUGUUAAUCAUGGUGGUGGUAUUGGUAUGUUGUCUUCCUCUAGUUCUCCUGUAAGGAAAGCUCACCAUAAUGGAAAUGGUGCAAUGCCUCGACCUGAUAGAGCUGUAGAAUUUGGGUCAUUUGGGCAUCUUCCAAUAGAGUCAUCGGUAGAUUGCAGCGGGGAACCAACUCCUGCAACUGCGCAUUUUCAAAACUCAUCAGCUUUGAAUGUUUCAAGCCCCAAGAUGCAGAAAGCCAAGCAAACGUUGAUCACAGAUCAAGACAGGCUCUCUGUUCAUAUGCAAUCAUAUGAGUUGAAAGAUGAAGAGGAUUUCCCACCCUUAUCCAACUGACACGAGUGGGAAUCAAAGUUUUAUUUAUUUGGUUAGUCAGUAUGAAACUGAGUAGGAAGAAACUGUAGUUGCUAACAAACUGGACAAAGCGUGACUCUUCCACAACGGUUUGCGAUCCCCCCAUCUCUGCAAUUUAGAUGUUACUGUUUUCUAUUUGUAGCUCAAAAAAGCAUUUUGUAAAUUCUACCAAUUUAUUUCGCUUUUCACCUCAAAUAUCUCGAUAGUUGUCGUGUUUUACACAAAAAGAGCCUUUUCUUUUUCCCUUUUUAAAACUAGGAUGUUUGUAACAAUGGUUGCUUCUUUUUCUUUUUCUUUUUUUUCCCUCCUGCCCUCCAUGUUUUUGCCCUUUCUUUUACGCCUUGUAGGUAAAACAUACGAGCACAGAAUAUAUUGUUGCCUAUGUUUGUUGUAAGUUAAAUGAAAAUGCUUCUUUUUGGAGCCAUCUCUAA